ACAGUGCACACAGCGUUGAGUGUCUGUUACUGCAUAUUGAAUUUCCUCACGCCUUUGAGUUCGGUCUGGGAGCUCGGAAGAAUAUAUUCUCUCCUCCUCAGCCUACUACAACUAUAUGUUCAGUGCGUUUGGCGCGCAUUUAACUGGGCCGGACUACUGAAUAUGCCCCGGAGCCCAACGUCCAGCGAGGAUGAGAUGGCCCAGAGCUUUUCUGACUACUCCAUGGAAUCCGAGUCAGACAGCUCCAAAGAGGAAACCAUCUAUGAGACCAUAAAGGCCACAGCAGAGCGGCCGCGCAGCAGAAUGGAGGACGUUCAGAGGAAUUCACUGGUCAUCCGAGUGGUCAUCCCCGACCUACAGCAGACUAAAUGCAUGAGAUUUAACCCGGAUGCCACUGUGUGGGUUGCCAAGCAACGCAUCCUGUGCACACUGAACCACGGUCUGAAAGAUGUCCUGAAUUAUGGCCUCUUUCAACCCACCAGCAAUGGGCGGGAUGGCAAGUUCCUAGAGGAAGAGCGGCUCUUCAGGGAGUAUCCCCAACACAUCAGCAAGGGGGUACCAUCAUUAGAGUUUCGUUACAAGACCAGAGUUUACAAGCAACUGAUCAUUGAUGAAAAACAGAUUGCCAAACUCCACACAAAGGCCAACCUGAGGAAGUUUAUGGAUCAUAUCCAGCACCACCAGCUGGAGAAAGUGACCAAGAUGCUGGAGAGAGGGCUGGACCCCAACUACCAUGACCCAGAAACUGGUGAGACUCCACUCACUUUUGCUGCUCAUCUGGACAAUGUGGUAGAGAUCAUCAAGGCAUUGAAGAAUGGAGGGGCACACUUGGAUUUCCGGGCAAAAGAUGGAAUGACUGCCUUGCACAAAGCAGCCAGGUCCAAGAAUCAAGUGGCCCUGAUGACUCUGCUGGAGCUGGGUGCCUCCCCAGACUCCAAGGACAGCCGUGGCCUGACUGCACUGUACCACACAGCUGUAGUUGGGGGAGACCCCUAUUGCUGCGAGUUGCUGCUGCACGAGCACACCACCGUCAGCUGCCAAGACGAGAAUGGCUGGCAUGAGAUCCACCAGGCUUGUCGGUAUGGACAUGUCCAGCACCUGGAGCAUCUGCUCUUCUAUGGAGCGGACACAAGUGCACAGAAUGCUUCUGGAAACACUGCACUGCACAUCUGUGCACUCUACAGCCAGGAUAACUGUGCUAGAGUUCUGCUGGUCCGUGGAGCCAACAAGGAGGUCAAGAACUACAACAACCAAACCCCCUUCCAGGUGGCCAUCAUCGCAGGAAACUUUGAACUGGCUGAGUUAAUUAAGAGCCACAAAGAGACUGACAUAGCUGUGCCUUUUCGAGAGGCACCAGCAUAUUCCAACCGGCGACGGGGUCCCCAAAACACGCUUGCCGCCCCCCGGGUGCUGCUGCGCUCCAAUAGUGACAACAACCUGAACGUGAAUAACCUGCCGUCGGACUGGUCCCCGUCGGCCACAUCUGCCACUGGCUCCUCAGCCAACUCUUCCCACUUCAGCCUCUCCCCUCACCUGCUCCAGCAGAUGCAGAACAGCCCCAAUGGCACAGUGAAGACCAUGGGGAGGGGGUCCCGCACCCCCCGAAGCCGCUCGCCCUCCCUCAGCCGCCUGGGGGAGGAGGCCCGGAGGCAGCCCCCCCAGCACCACAUCAGUCCCAAUGCCACACGGGAGCCUCAGAGCUCCAAGCGUAAACUGUACAGCGCUGUGCCAGGGAGGCACUUUGUGGUGGUACAUUCCUACCAGCCACAGGGGGAAGGAGAGAUUACCCUGUACAAGAACGACAGGGUUAAAGUUCUGAGCAUUGGAGAGGGUGGAUUCUGGGAAGGUAGUGCUCGGGGGCAUGUGGGCUGGUUUCCGGCAGACUGUGUGGAAGAGAUCCCGAGUAAGCCCAAUGAAGCCAGAUCACAAACCAGAGCAGACAGAUCAGACAGACGGAAACUCUUUCGGCAUUACACCGUUGGAUCAUAUGAUAGCUUUGAUGCAUCAAGUGACUGCGUUAUUGACGAGAAGACGGUGGUUCUGCAGAAGAAAGACAAUGAGGGAUUCGGAUUUGUGCUGCGAGGAGCCAAAGCUGAUACCCCCAUUGAGGAGUUCACACCCACACCAGCCUUCCCUGCCCUCCAGUACCUGGAGUCUGUGGAUGAGGGUGGAGUUGCCUGGCAGGCAGGCCUCAGGACUGGAGACUUCCUUAUAGAGGUGAACCAGGACAAUGUGGUGAAAGUUGGCCAUAGGCAGGUGGUCAACAUGAUUCGACAGGGUGGCAACCAUCUGGUCAUCAAGGUGGUGACAGUCAGCAGGAAUAUGGACCCGGAUGACACUGCUCGAAAGAAAGCACCCCCACCUCCAAAGAGGGCACCAACUACUGCAUUGUCCAUGCGCUCAAAGUCUAUGACCUCUGAGCUGGAGGAGCUAGUUGAUAAAGCCACCUUGAGGAAAAAGAAGAGUGAUAAAGUGGAUGAGGUCACUCCUGCCCAGAAGCCCAUAAGGGAUAAUGUGUCUGUGGACAUGAGGGUCGCUACCAUCAAACCACGGCCAUCCAGUAGGUGUUUUGCCACCUCCACAGAGAUGAAUUCCCCAUAUGAUCGGCAGGGCGUGGCUGUGGUGCCCCCAACAGUGCCAGGGGGUCCCAGAGGCUCCUGUCUGGCCAUGUCAAAAGGCACCAUGAGCAGACAGAAGUCAAUAGGAAUCACAGAGGAAGAGAAACAGUUCCUGACCCCUCCACUGCUGAAAUUUACCAGGAGCCUCUCAAUGCCAGACACAUCGGAGGAUAUUCCACCCCCACCAGCAAGUUCCCCUCCAUCACCCCCUUAUAACACCCCCAAACCUCCUUCUGGGAGAGGCUAUGGCACCAUCCGACCAGGCUUCACCCAGAACUCUGCUGCCAAAGGCCCUGCCUCUAACCAGGGAGACUACAAUAUGGCCACCGUGAGGAGAGACAAGGGCAUGUACUACCGCCAGAACUCUGAGCAGUUUGACACUGAGGACUCUUACAAAGCAAAUCCCUCAGCUCAGCAGAACCUCCAUAACCGCAGAGCCCAGGUGCCAGAGAAUCCCUACUCAGAGGUAGGGAAAAUGGGUAACAAGGCACUGUAUGUUCCUGCUAAACCUGCAAGGAGGAAGGGGAUGCUAGUGAAACAGUCUAAUGUGGAAGACAGCCCAGAGAAGACGUGCUCCAUCCCCAUCCCCACCAUCAUCGUGAAGGAACCCUCCACCAGCAGCAGUGGGAAGAGCAGUCAGGGCAGCAGUAUGGAGAUUGACACAUCUGCAUCAGACAACCCAGGCCAGUUGCGACCAGAGGACAACCUCCACACCAGCAACCCAUUUGCUGCUGCCAUUGCUGGGGCUGUGCGAGACCGGGAGAAGAGGUUGGAGGCCCACAGGAACUCCCCAGCCUUCCUUUCCACUGACAUGGGUGAUGAGGAUUUAGGACCAACCCCUGCCCCCCGUCUCCGGCAUUCCAAGUCCAUCGAUGAGGGAAUGUUUUGCAACAAUGAGCGGCUGCGUAAGCUUAUGGCUCCACCCUCCUCCCUUUUGGUCAUUCCCCAAGGAGGGGGGAAUGUGACUGACUUCAACACCCCUGAGCCUACGCUGGUGAGGGAGCCUCUCAGCACACGCACAAGGAACAGCCCCAACCUUGACAGUCCUGUUAGCCUUCCUGUGGGCAAGAUGUACAAGUCCAACGGUGGAAACUACGUGCACCCAGUCACAGGCAAGGUGCUGGAUCCCAACUCCCCCUUGGCUCUUGCUCUGGCAGCCAGGGAUCGCGCCAUGAAAGACAAAGGCCAGUCAGUCCUGCCCAAGAGUGAGCCCCUCAAACCUGACCUCAAUAUGCCGCUUUUUAUUGACACCAAGCUACGGUCCAACAUCGAGAGCAGCUUUCCAGCAGCUACCAUGGGCCGGCCUAGCCAGCGCAGCGGCCUCCGGAGGCAGAUGACAGAGGCUAAGUAUGAAGCAGAGUCAGCCAAGGAGGACAAGAAAGCAGAGGAGAAAAAGAACAUGCUGAUUGACAUUAUGGACACCUCGCGGCAGAAGUCGGCUGGGCUCCUCAUGGUGCACACUGUGGACGGGGCCAAGCCUGAAGAGAACUGCCUGCCAGAUGGGGAGAGAGAGAAUGCUGUCACCAUUGACAGUGCCCCUGCUGAACCACAGGACUCUAACCAACUGGCCGCAGCUGCCCCCUCCAAAACUCUGACUGCCAACCAUGACCCUGCCAGCCCACACAGAAAGACUAUCAUCACUAUCAGCUCAGUGGAUGAGCCUGUUAAGCUACCCUUCCAUAUACCGCCUCCGCCCCUGGCCUCUGUCGACAUUGAUGAGGAGUUUGUGUUUUCUGAGCCCUUGCCACCCCCAUUGGAGUUUGCUAACAGUUUUGAUAUCCCAGAGGAUCAGGCAGGGGCUAUUGCUGAGCUGCUCAAGCAGAGGAAGAAUGGGACAGGGGGGUCUUCUCUUGGUCCCUUUCACCCUCAUUUGGCUGUGGCGGUUGCAAAUGCAGACAUAAAAAAGACAACGGGCCUCUCAAACUGCAUAUCCCCCAGCUACCCACCACCUCCACCUGAGAGCUUUGAGCCUAUCACUGACUCAGGCAUUGAGGAGGUGGAUAGCAGGAGCAGUGGUGACCCUCAUCUGGAGACAACCAGCACUAUCUCAACUGUGUCUAGCAUCUCCACCCUGUCCUCGGAGGGUGGGGAGAACCUAGACACUUGUACUGUCUAUGCAGAUGGGCAAGCAUUUCUGGUGGACAGGCCCCCUGUCCCACCCAAGCCAAAAAUAAAGCCCAUCAUCAACAAAAGCAAUGCACUUUACAAGGACGCUCUGAUUGAAGAGGGCCUUGAAACAUUUGGGAUGCUUCCCCCUGCCCCUCCCCCUCCCCCAGGUGGUGCUCAGUCAGAAGUUCCCAAAACUCCAACGCAAAGGACCUCAAAGCUCUGGGGUGACCCACCAGAGCUCAAGAGCCCACCCGCCCCAGACCCCAAGUCCAAUAUGAUUAGUGAACUGAACUCCAUUCUACAGCAAAUGAACAGGGACAGAAUACCCAAGCCAGGGGAAGCCCUUGAUUCUCCCACUGGAUCCAGGACAAAUUUUGGAGCAAGGGGUCCAGAGGGAGUGACCCCAGCCUCAGGUACACAGCGAAACACCAUGGUCACCUUCUCCACCCGGGUCGGUUCCCACCCAACCGCCACAUCACCAGGGGGGUGCCAGCCAGAGAGCACGCCUCCUCAGCACUGCACUGCCGGCCCCAUCAUGUCCCCAGCAGACUCUGGCACCAACCACGCCUCCUCCCUCUCAGCCUCCUCCCCCACCUUGACGGACAUGUUCGGACUCCCCACACCCCCCAUCACUGGCGACCACUUCAGCCUGGCCUCUGGGCGCAGCCGUUCCCCCUCCCCUUUGACUCUAAUCCAGGCCGUCUCCAACAAGCCUUUUGCCUCCAAGCCAGUAUUCCUGUGGACAAAGCACGAUGUAGCAGACUGGCUGGAGAGCCUCAACCUGGCUGAGCAUAAGGAUGCCUUUAUGGACAAUGAGAUCGAAGGGGCCCAUCUACCAAACCUCCAGAAAGAAGACUUAAUAGACCUAGGCGUGACUCGAGUUGGCCAUAGAAUGAAUAUAGAAAGAGCUUUGAAGCUGCUAAUGGACAGAUAAGACAGGGAAUCUUUCCUUCACAAGGACAGCAGGCUUCUAAUCUCAGCUAUUUCUGUUUCUUUUUCCUUUUUUAAAACGUUCUAUCAAGUGUUUAAUUAUAUUCCCAUUGUGCUCUGGUCAGAGUAUAGGCAUUAUCAUUGCUCAAAGAAUUGCCAUUUUGAAAUGAGUGCAGUUCUUGAAUAAGCACAAUAGUUGUGGUGAGUGGGAGUGGUCUCCUGUCUAAGGUGGGCUGAGAGGAGAGGAUGAGAGAGCCUCUUUUUUUGUGAUAUACAUGUGAUAGAGACAAAUUACUUUGGAAUAUAAGGACUUUUUAAAUCUAUCUCAUUUGGAUGCACCCAAACCAGCAGAGCUGGAUUUUCAUUUUCUAUCUUUGCUAGAAUUUCUUCAGAGAAUAUUUCUUCAGAAAAAAGGGUUAUAUUUAUCAAUGCAUCAGCCGUCUAGAAAACGAAUGUCUCACUUCUCACCUUUUUGUCUGGAAAGAAGAUGAUAAAACUGAAAUCACUUUAUUCUCUGCACACCUAGAAUCCCAGAAUUAUUGGUGUUUCUACUUGAAAAAAAUCACUUCUUAAUAUUCUACACCUGUUUCACAUGAAUGGGGGCACAAUUGUAGCAAGCAGUUUUAUUACUUUCCCUUUUUUCUUGAAUCAGGAUAGAUUUUGACUUCAUUUUACCUUCGGCAUACCUAUUUAAGUUUUUCAGACUGUGUAAAAUGUGUAUUUGUCAUUAUUGUCUUCCACAUGAGUGCAGGUGAAUGUCAAGGCCCCUUCCACUCUUGGAUUGUCUCUCGUCUUUGAAAUGAAUAUCCAUUUCCAACAAAUGUGCCAGAUUGAGAGGAAGAGAAUGCUGUUCUCCAGUAUCAUUUCUUGAAUCAUCUCCCUGCUAAAGUUCAGUCUGAUCUUUAACCUGUUAAUCUUUAGCACAAAUCUAUCUCCAGAAGUUUUUAUCUCCAAAAAAAUACUUCAUGUGUUCACUCUGACCUGCUUCUGCAUAGAGAUUUGUAUAAGGGGGAUGUUUAUGGGAACACCUGCAAAACAUAAGUGUUGAAGGGUGGAGAAUGUUUCUCUGCACAGCAUUUCAGAAAUUCCAGAGCAAGCAAAACUCAUGUUUUUGUGGGCCAAACUGAACUAAUAAUUUUGGAAUAGAAUUGAACACAUUGUGAAUUUUUUGUUGAUUAUACAGGAAAGAAAGAUGACAGACCAAUACUGUGGUAAAAUGCUACAGCAGGUGUGAACUGAGUUCCUCUACUGUAUUACCAGUUUAUCUUGUAAUGGGAUUCUUGGUGUAAUUUAUUUAGAAAUAUUAUGCUGCAAUCCAAACAUAUAUAAAAUAAGGGUGUAUACAGAUAUUUAAUACUGAGUAAAGAGAUUGAAAUAUAAUAAAUAUAGGUAUUCAUUCAACUUUUCUGAUUCAGAAAAGCAGCAUUGACUAUCUCUCCACUGCCUUUGGGCGCCAUAGCUGUUUGGGGUGGGAGACAAUGACUGGUGUGCCCAGUGAUCAGGGGAAGUAAAUCAGGUGUGACACAGGAAGCAGCAGAGCCACCACAUGCCCCUACAGUAAAUCUAACAAGUGUUACUGAGGUGUAGAGUUCACCUAAAGGUAUGGUUAUCUGAGAAAUUAUGUCAUAACGGGUUGCAUUGAAAGUUUGUCAUUUGUAUUGAAUUACAAUUUGGUGGAUCUGAUGAAGUUAUUUUCUUUGUCUGGCAUCGAGUAUACCCAUCUUAAAGAGGUCUUAACAGAAAAUAAAUCUGUUAUAGUCCAUUUGAAACCAGUGUUAAGCUUUCAAGCCAGGGACAGCAAUGUUUGCCCCUCAAUAAAGAACCAGUCAUUUCCAUCCCCAGUGUAAGCAAUCACUUAGUUAAAAUAGAAGGUAAAUUUAAAUGUUGAUAAU